AUGGCGACAACAAUAUCAACCCCAGCGCCCACAGACCUGAACACAACCAUGCUCCUCCUCGCCUCAGCAGACCACAACACAUCCGUCCUAACCUCCCUGUUAAAAACCUCAUCCCCGAAUGUCCAGGAUCCGGAUAGCAAGCGGACGCCCCUGCACGCUGCCAUUGCAGGAUGCGACAAAGACGAUCCUCCGGAGAAAUUGAGGGCGGCAGAGGAUACGCUUAAACUGCUCUUGCAGAAUGGGGCCAUUUGGAAUGACUUGGAUAGGGAUGGGGAGACACCAGGGUGUGUUGCGUAUAGGCUUGGGUUGAAGGGGCUGUAUGAGGUUAUGGUUGAGGCGGGGGUUAGGGCUGAACUGAUACUGGCGAGGCUAGGGGGGUGGGAGGAGAUUGAGGAUGAGGACGACGAGGAUGGCGGGGGCGAAGCGGCAGAGGGGGCGGAAAGGGCUGAAGGGGGAGGAAAUGGAAUUGGGGUUGCGGUAGAGGUAGUAUCGGAGGAGAAAGACGUCAACUCGGAAAACUACCUAAAGUCGGAAUUGAAAUAUCAUGAAGACAAACUCCUUGACUCGGACAAUAACAGUGUAAUGAUGGAGUGGGAGAGAGAUAUCAUGGAGCGAAGUGUCGAGGCAUUGCUCCCCGGCGACAAACCAGGAAGAAGUAUUAUGAACAUUGGUUUCGGAAUGGGCAUAUUCGACACAAUAGCCCAGAAGAAAAACGUCGCCAGACACAUAAUUGUGGAGCCCCACAAAGACGUCCUGAGAAAGAUGAAGGAAGAAGGCUGGGACAAGAAGCCCGGAGUAAUGAUUCUAGAGGGCCGAUGGCAGGAUGUCCUCGGCUCAUUAACCCAAACAGGAGAAACCAUGGACGCCAUCUACUUCGACACCUUUGCAGAGGACUACUCUCAAUUGAAGCUUUUCUUCUCAGAGUACGUCAUCGCACUGCUCGCCCAGGAAGGUGGACGCUUUAGUUUCUUCCACGGACUCGGAGCUGACAGGAGGAUUUCUUACGAUGUUUACACUAGAGUUGUGGAAAUGGAUCUGUUCGGCGCUGGGCUCGAGACCACUUGGGAGGCUUUUGAACUGGGCGAAAGUGAAAGGCGGAAGGACCAGGCCUGGGAAGGCGUAAGGAGGAAGUAUUGGACCCUGGGAGAAUACAAGUUGCCCAUUUGUAUGUUUAUGGAAUAGAAAUUACCUUUACGACU